GAAAAUACAUAAGCUCCACAAUUCACACAACUCUAUCUGUAAUAUCCAUGGCUACUACAACUACACUUUCUCACUCAUCUCUCCAAUUUAUACACACUCUCUCUCCUCCUAUCUCUCUCCCCUCUCCCUCCACCAUUCACUUCUCUCUCCUCUCUCAAACCCCAUUAGAGUUCCCUCUCAUUUCCGUAGCUUCCUCAACUAAACUUCAGCUACCACCUCAACUACACCUUCCCAUUUUGCUCUUCACUCCGUUUGACAACAGCCCUUUGGACACACAAACUUUUCUCGUUACUAUUAGUGUACUUGUUGCCAUUUCUCUCUCUCUUUUUCUUGGUCUCAAGGGUGAUCCUGUUCCUUGUGAGAGAUGUGCUGGCAAUGGUGGCACCAAAUGCGUCUUCUGUAGUGAUGGCAAGAUGAAGAUUGAGACAGGAUUGGUUGAUUGUAAGGUGUGCAAGGGAGCAGGACUAAUAUUCUGCAAAAAAUGCGGAGGUUCGGGAUAUUCAAGACGCCUAUAAGCAAAGAUGGGUAUUCUCUUAAGUUAAUACCAUCUUUUAAGCUGAUUUUCCAUCCUGUAUAUACAUAUCCAUCUGUUUGAUGCAGUAAAUAUGCCCGGCAAUGUUAUCGAAAGCUUCGCAGCUCAAGUAAGGUAGAUCCUGAAGUAGUCGCGGAACUGUAAUAGCUAAUUUGGCUUGUGGGAGAGAAUAAGGUUCCUUUAUCCUUUUUUGCUAUCUAAAUAUGCUAGUGUUCAUCAUCUGUUCAACUUUUGAAGUGUCAAAUACAAAAUUUUGUCCAUUUUAUACCUGUGCUUUUGCUCAAAGAUUUCGACUUUCAGGCUCAUUUAUACAAACACAUUAGACAUGCUAUGUAUGUGUAAACCUCUAAUAGCACUCUAAUGAUAAUUUAUGAAAACAUUAGUUUGUUUGAUAA